GGACAUUGAAAGUGCCACCAACAGAAGCCAUGCAAUUUCGCCUGAGGUGCAAGUCUUGAUUGCUCUCCGUUAUUUUGCAUCUGGAGCUUUCUUUGAAGUUAUUGGGGACACUUUCGGUGUAGACAAAGCGAGUGUAAGUCGUGUGGUGCACAGGGUGGCUGGCCUGUUAGAUGCUGCACGGGACGAUUUUAUUGUGUGGCCCCAGUCGGUGGAGGAGAGGCGUCGAAUUCAAGCUGGAUUCUAUGCGAUCGCACAUUUUCCCAAAGUAUUGGGAUGCAUCGACGGCACGCACAUCAGAAUAAUAUGCCCCAGUGAGCCACGUCCUGAUGCUGAUCACAUCCCAGAACCAGCCAAUGCUGCUGAGAAUGACCAGGAGAUGCGAGAUGACCAGAUAGGCCUACAUGCUCCUGAUCCUGCACAUGCACCUGCACUGCCCAUGCCUGCAGAUCGCGAAGGCGAAGCCAUGGAAGAAGCAGAACAACCCGCGCAAGUUCCUCCAGCUCCAGCCUACGAAGCAUCUUUUGUAAACAGGAAGGGAUAUCACUCCAUCAACGUGCAAGCAGUGGUUGACGAUAAGGGAAAAUUCACCAAUGUAGUUGCACGUUGGCCAGGGGCAACCCAUGAUGCCUUUAUUUGGAGGAACAGUGACCUUAAAGAGCACCUGGAACUGACAAACCCCAGAGGUGAAGAUGGACUGUUGCUAGGAGAUAGUGGAUACCCUUGUAUGCCGUAUCUCAUCGUCCCGUACGGAGCACCCACAACAGAAGCCCAGCAGAGAUUGAACACUUCCUUAUGUGCCACAAGAGUGAGGAUAGAACAUGCCUUUGGAGUGUUAAAGAGGAGGUUCCAUGUUCUCCAUGGGGAGAUUCGUAUGCAGCCAGACCGUGUAGUUAAGAUCAUCUCUGCCUGUUUUGUCCUGCAUAAUAUUGCAAAGAUGAGAGGAGAACGUGACCCCCGGCCAGAAGACGACGACAGUGAUGACGAAGAAGAUGAUGAAGAUGAUGAUGAGGAGUAUGCUGGCCCAAACUCUGGCAGUGUUUACAGGGACUACCUCGCCAAUCGCUACUUUGCUUAA